AUGGAACUUCACCUCUCCAUUAACCAACCAUUUUCUUAUAAAACAACCUUUAACCGAUCCCUACUAUUCAACCCAGAAGAAAAAUGGCUACUACAAUAUCAGCAGCUGCGCCUCUCUCCGCCGCCAUGGCUAGCCCUUCUCUACUCGCCAAAAGACAGCUGUGACAACCCUAAGGCCGGCUCUUCCCAAGGUGGGGCAUCUCUUUUUGGCUCAAAAGCCGGUCAUGGAGGACGGGUAAAGGCAAUGGCAGCAUACAAAAUGAAGCUUAUCACUCCUAAGGUGAACAGGAGUUUGAAUGCCCCGAUGAUGUCUACAUCCUUGACCGGGCUGAAGAUGCAAUGGAGUGUGGAUCAGUCUGACAUUAGCUUUCUUGGAGAUGACCAGAUAGAGGAUGGUUGGGUUCUCACCAGCUGUUAUGCUUUGCCUAAGUCUGAUGUCGUCAUCGAGACACACAGAGAGGAAGAGCUUGCCUAA